AUGGCGGUGGCAGAUGUUAAGUUAAAUUCACCAACCCAAACAAACAGUCAAAGUGUUAUUGUCAAUGUCAAAGACAGAGAUGUUGAAGUGGGGAAACCAUACGAAGACGAAGAUGGUAUAACAAUUGUUCCUGUAAAAGAACCAACAUAUCCUGAAGUUAACAGAGACUUAAGUUCUGUUGCAGAUAUUCGAAACGACUACCAACAACUGAAAGACAAACUUCAAACUCAGGAGAAGAUUUGUCAAGCUUUAA